AUGAGGCUACAAGAAAAAGAUUUUCACAUCUCUAUGUUCCUACGCAUUUCCCGGCCCAAUUUGUCGACGCAUCAAUCAACGGUUUGCCCCUCCUUGAGCAACGAUAGCCAGAGCUUACUUUCUCCCAGCAAGAGUGUCAGUCAGAGUUGGAAUCUGGAUUGUCAAGAGGCCCAUUCAAUCGCGUCUGGGUCUCCGGAUGUGGCUGAUCCGAUCGGUAUCCACGACGUUGAAGUUCGUCAUCGUCAAGUCUCA